AUGGAGUACGCUAAGGGAGAGGCUCCAGAUUCCCCAGGAAAGAAUUCAACACCAACAGUUUCAACAUCAGAAGUACCAAGCAACCAAGAUGCCCAGAUUCUCGUUGCCCACGACACUGAAGCUGCCUGCGACCACGGCACAGAAACUGCCAGCGACCAUGGCGCCCAGAUUCCUGUGGACCACGACUCCCCAAUUCUUGGUGCCCAGAUUCCUGUCGACCACAGCACCCCGAUUCCUGGAGCCCAGAUUGAUGUCGACAGCAGUGCCCAAGCUGCUGCCCCAACCACUGGAGAAAACGUACUAGACUGGAACGAGAUGAGUAAAACCCAGAGUGAACCGCCUCACGAACUUGAGAACCAGUUUAUAUUGCGUCUGCCUCUGGAAUAUGCUUCUACUGUCAAGAAGAUAGCACGUUCUAGAAGUAUCACCAUGAAGGAUAAACUAAAAAUUGACUUAUAUCCUGAUGGACGUCAUGCAGUUGUUGAGGUAGAAGAUGUUUCACUAGCUGCAACGCUGGUUGAUUUGCCUUGUGUUGUUGGAAGCCUGAAAACUCUUGAUAAAAAAACCUUUUAUAAAACAGCAGAUAUUUCCCAGAUGCUCGUGUGCACUGCAAGGGAUGUUCGCUUUCCUCCAAAAGAACCAGUUACUUACACCGAUUUUAAAGUAAUCAGGAAAAAUUACAGAGGGAAGAAGAAAUAUUCCUGGAAACAUGGCAUUACUCCACCACUUAAGAAUGUCAGAAAGAAAAGGUUCCGGAAAACAAAAAAGUACAUUGAUAUCCAGCAAAUUGAAGAAAUUGACUUCAAUGAGGUAGAACAAGGCAUGGAAUCUUCAGAUGUGGAAAGGGAAGUGAAGAGACUGUUGUGUUCAGAUGCUGAAGCUAUCAGUGCUCGAUGGGAAGUCAUCAUUGAAGAUGAAACCAAGGAAAUAGAAAGCCAAGGCUCCAUUUCAGGAUUUGAGUUUUCCUCAGAAAUGUCUGGCGACAAGGAGGAUCAUCUCUCACUAGAAUAUGAUGUUUUUCGGGAGACGUCUACUGAUUCUAGCAGUAAAAGUGAGGAAGAGGAGGAGGAGGAAGAGGAGGACGAUAAGGAUGAGGAUGAAGAUGACAAGGAGGAAGACAAGGAUGAAGAAGAAGAUGAAGAGUAUCUGGAAAGGGAGCUACAAGCCAGGUUCACUGAAUUAGGCCAGUACAAAAUAAAGGAAGGAACUGUUCCAAUAGUCAUGGAAAUUCAGAAGCAGAUUUAUUACAUGGAGAAGAAGCUCAAAGAGAUUCAGAGCAAAGCAAAAAGACAAGAGGAACUUAUCAAUAAAGUGAAAAACUUGACACUCAAGACUCAUUUAAAGUUUAUUCUGGAGCAGCUUAAAAUACAGGAAAAGCAAAAAAUUGAGGAGCUCACUUCCUUACAGGAACAACUGAAAUACGUUCUGGAGAACUGA